UUAUGGAGGGAAAGCACUCAAGAUGGAGCUCACAGCCUCGGCCUUGCGAUUUGCUAAGAAAAAUCAGAGAAUUAACUCGAGCUAUAGUUGAAGAUCUCAGCAAUGGACGGUCUCCGGAGAUUCUCAUCGAUCGCUUCAGAAAUUACUGCACGAAGCCCGAUUCGAAUUGCUAUUGUAGCUCUGAUUUGCCAAUUUUGAAGGAGACUCUCACACUUCGGAGGGAAAGCCAUUUGCGUAGAUUGGAUGUUUUGCUUAGGGUUCUAGUAAUUGUUCAGCAACUUCUGCAAGAAAACAGACAUGGGUCUAAGAGAGAUAUCUAUUACAUGCACCCUUCUGUAUUUUCAGAUCAGUCAAUUGUAGACCGUGCAAUCAAUGACAUAUGCAUCCUUAUGCAGUGUAGUCGCCACAAUCUGAACGUGGUGUCUGUAGGAAAAGGGUUGGUAAUGGGCUGGUUAAGGUUCUCAGAAGCUGGAAACAUGUUUGAUUGCAUAAAUAGGCCAAACACUGCCUUUCCUGUUCCCAUUCAUGUUGAAGAGGUCAAAGAUAUUGUUAGUGUAGCGAAAUACAUACUUGUUGUGGAGAAAGAAUCAGUUUUUCAACGAUUGGCAAAUGACCAGUUUUGCAACACAAACCACUGCAUCGUUAUCACUGGACGUGGAUAUCCUGAUAUUUCCACAAGAAGGUUUUUGGGGCUUCUUGUUGAUACUUUGCAUCUCCCUACCUAUUGCUUGGUAGACUGUGAUCCGUAUGGUUUUGACAUCCUGUCCACAUAUCGGUUUGGUUCUAUGCAACUGGCCUAUGAUGCUAAAUUUCUACGGGUCCCUGAGAUACUCUGGCUUGGAGGCUUCCUUUUGGACUCGGAGAAGUACCAACUUCCACAACAGUGUCUCCUUCCCUUGACAGCACAAGACAAGAGGAAAACGGAAGCCAUGUUACGUAGAUGCUACUUACAAAGAGAAGUGCCAGAGUGGAGAUUGGAACUACAAUUGAUGCUGGAAAGAGGAGUGAAAUUUGAGUUAGAAGCGUUGUCUGUGCAUGAACUUAACUUUUUGUCGGCGGUGUACAUACCGUCUAAAAUUCAAGGUGGAGUCUACAUCUAACAUCUUCUACAUCUGUACUUGUUACCCUAUAGGAGAAACAAAAAUUAUAGGAUUUCUGCAAAGCAUAAUCCACAUUUUCAUUGCAAAACCAUUGUAUAGGGGAGAGAAUUUGAUUAAAUGUCAGUUAAUCGCACCCGAAUCUCUGUUUUUCCUUAUUUUCCCCCCUUCUUUCUCUUACUCGGUGUGGCGCAAAAAUGGGGGACAUCCA